CACUUUCUUGUCCCAUGUGGCCUGCAGUUUUUUCUGUUGCCUCUAGAGUUCAUAUCUUUGUCAACUUAACUGCAGAAUAGCACACUGGAUGUCAUCAUUCUCAAGGAGGUGUUUUUACAAGAAACAGACGCUCUGAUCAGCCAGACAGCAGCUUCAUCAGUGUAAUACACAACCAAAACCUCAGAGAGGAAUGAACAAAGAGACAAAAAUGAUGAUGUUCGGUCUGUUUCUAACAGCUGUAAUCAGCCCUGUGUUUGCUGAAGAUUGGAGGGCCAAUGUUGUAAAAAACCUUGACGCCCUGGUCACAUCCUGUGUUGUGGUACCCUGUUCAUUCAGCCAUCCUAAAGAGAACCUGCCCUCCUCCAGACUAAGAGGGAUCUGGCAUUUUUCAACUGACAAAAGCAAACGCAUCUAUUACCAGGAUAUCACACAGGUCUUGGAAAACUUCAGGGGCCGCACAAGGUUGUUGGGACAUCUGGGUCAGGACAACUGCACUUUAGAAAUUACUGACGUUAAAGAUCAUGACAACGGCCCUUUCUGUUUCCGGAUCGAACUAGCACGAACGGAGACUGAUACAUCCACCGUUGACAAGUUCUCCUUUGUGGAGAGUUGUGUCACAUUCAGAAUGCUCCCUGAUCCUCCGAAACCUACACUGAAUCACCCAAAGACGGCCAUUCAAGAUCGUCCCUACAUUAUCACCUGUUCAGUCACCCACACCUGCCCGACCCAUGUGCCUAAACUCACAUGGAGUAGAGGCACAGGAGAUGAGAUAAUAGAGGUCCACAAGAAAACUGGUUUUGGCUACUGGGAGGCCCAGUCCAUCCUGACCAUCGUUCCUAAGGAGAAGGAUGAUCACAGUGAGGUCACCUGUACAGCACAAUUUAAUGGACAGAAGACAUCAUCUACACCAUUGACACUCUAUGUAAAACGCACAGAAAACUACAACCACAUCAUCAUUCCCACGGUGGCGGUGAUUGGUACAGCUGUGAUCUUUGCAGUCCUCUGCGUUUUUAUGGUGAAAAGAUACAAGAAACGCAUCGCAGAGCUCCAAAGUGGGGAUGGCAGCAUGUGGAACCGACUAUCCAGGCUGUCUCGCAGGAUUCGCUCUGAUGGCCCAGGACCAUCUCGUUCUGAUCAAAGAAGGUCUAUGUGGAGCAGAUUUUCAAGAAGGCCUAAAGGGGACACGGUGGAUUUGGGGCAUACGCCUAAAAACCUAAACUCAAAAUCCUGUGCCGACCAGAAAGUCUCUAAGGGACGUUUCCCAUCCCCUAAAAGCCAGCCAAAAUCCUGCAAUUACCAAGAGGACCUUGAUGGUGACGAUUACAUGAACACUGCAGACAUCAACAUCUAUGGAAACAUCUGAAAAAACACCAGAAAACUAAUCUUAUUUGAUUCUUUAUGAUCUUUUAUGAUAAGAGCAUCUGAUGACUGAAGUUUUGUUGUACAUGAUUACUAUGAUCAUCUCAAUCACAACAUAUUUAAUUAUGCCUAAUAAAUUGAUAAUACAGUUUGUAUAUAUAUAUAUAUAUAUAGGCCUAUAUAUAUAUAUAUAUACACACACACACACACACACACACACAGUGUUUUAUACUUUAUUAUUAAUAUAAUGACUUUUGCAUAACAGUUAUAUGCAAGUUUGUUCAGCUAAUGUAUUAAUUUGUUUAGGCAUGAUGGCAUCAUUUUUGGGCCUGAAACAUAAUCCAAAUGUCAUAGUGAAGUGGAAGUGAAGAAAUACCAAAGGCAAAAAAAUGAAAGACAAGAAAGAAGACUAGUUGUCCCUUCUAACUCUUAACAAGAAAGUGAAAAAGUGUAUUUAGCUAAAUGUCAAACAAUUUCUUCUUCUUUAAAUCAUUUAAAUGCAUCAACAUACACAUAUAUUCAUAUGGUGCUGGUGCAUUUCAUAUCUCAAAGUCAUUCAAAAAAUUAAAUAAGAGAAUAAAUAUGGAGGGGGGGCGGGGGGCAGUAUCGUUUACAGGAAGCAGCAUAAUCCAUUUGGUAGGCAAAUUGCCCUCCCCAGAUUUUGGGGGAGGAUGCUUGACAUGAUGGUGUGGUUAGAAACUUUAAAAGGUGGUAAAACAAUUCAUAAACAUUCCACUCUGAAGGUAAGUCAUUCUGAUUUUAAAGAAAUAGCAUAUAAAAAAAACUAAAGAAGUUUUCCUUCUUCUGCAUCUUACAAUUUAAUAUUAGUUUAAAUGCUG